AUCUGAUUACUGUGGGUCCUAGUGACUACAGUGAUCUGAUUACUGUGUCGACGUGUUUCUGGACACAAACACAGUGUGACCUGGUUGGAGGUCGGCCAAUCCCAUCAUGCUCCUGAAGUCUCCGUUAAUCUGUGAUUAAUGAGGUCCGCUGAGUUUCAGGGAGUCCUGCUGGAUUUAGACGCUCCUCAGACAUCUGCUGCCUCACAUCAGCUCAGGACACCAGGAGCUAAAGGUUCUCCUUAAGGAGCUAAAGGUUCUCCUUCAGGCCUGGAGAACGACCACAGAAUGAAGAUGAACGGCUUCCAUCGGAGGAACUAGAACAGGAAAUGUGAAGAGAAACGCUGAAGAUGGAACAAAGAGGAAACUCAGGAAGGAGAAGCUGAAGUCUUCAUCUGGAACCAGCAGAGAGGUGGAAUCACCUGAUAACCAUGGGUGACGGCUGCAUGCUGGAGAACGGCGACUGCAAGGUGGCGCCGCACGGCCCUGAUGUCACCUUCAGCACCUUAAGCCCUGCCUCCGGCCUGCAGCGCAAACGGCUGCUGUGGCAGAACGCCGUCAGGAACAUCAUCGACCAGCAUAAUCUGUACACCCUGAGGCUGGCUGGGGGCCUGGACCGAGGACGGCACUGCAUCACCGUGACCGACGCCUACAUCGCCGAGAUCAACAGGCAGAUUCGCAACAAAGCGUCUCGUGGAGCCUUCUGGCAGAAACGUCGAUCGUCUGCAGCUCGAGUUCAUCCGAUGACACCGAAGAUCUCCACGGCGACGCACAACAAACACGACCCCCUGAGCGACGCCGACUUCUUUGUCUCCUGCGGAUCGACGGUUCGAGGUGUCUUCAUUCCCACCAUGCAACACACAUUCAAGUCCUCGGAUCUGGAGCAGCUCUACCAGCAGUUCUCGUCGGCUCAGAGGAGAACCUCGCUGGUGGUCACCAACACCAUCGACCUGCUGAUCCGGCUGCUGGUGUUGCUGCUGACGUGGCCGCCGGACUGGGGGGGCGUGGCCUGCGAUUGGCUGGCGGGCCUGUCGGCACUGCUGUGGGCGGGAACCUGUGUGCUGGCGCUGACCCGGAGGGAAGUGACGUCGUCGCCGCGGUGGCUGUGGUUCCUGGCGCUGCUCAGCUGGGUGUCACAGGCUGCCCAGGUGCUGGUGGGCGUGUUCACCUGGGCGGACAGCGACCACUCCUGGUACGUCUUCUUCUCGCUGUUCUCCACCUACACGCUGCUGCCGCUGCCCCUCCUCUGGGCCAUCGUCGCCGGGGCAACCACCUCCACCCUGCACCUGCUGAUGGACAUCUGCUGUCACUACGGCGACCACACCUUCAUCCAGAAGGUGCUGUCCAAGGCCUUGCUGUACCUGGCCAUGAACACUGCAGGUCUGUUCAUCCACUACCUGUCCGACCGGACCCAGAGACAGGCCUUCCUGGAGACCCGGCGCUGCAUCGAGGGACGAGUCCGACUGGAGAGGGAGAACCACCGACAGGAGCGCCUGGUGAUGUCCAUCCUUCCUCGCUUUCUGGUUCUGGAGAUGAUCGCUGACAUGGCCAUCAUGGACGACUACCUGCUGCCACAGCAGAUCCAGAAGAUCUACAUCCACCACUACAAGGAUGUCAGCAUUCUGUUUGCAGACAUCAUCGGCUUCACGUCGCUCUCACUGAUCCUCUCAGCGCAGGAACUCGUUAAAACUCUUAACGAACUCUUCGGUCGCUUCGACAGGCUGGCUGAGGAGCAUCAGUGUUUACGCAUUAAGAUCCUGGGUGACUGUUACUACUGCGUCUCCGGAGUCCCAGAGCCCCAGAGAGGACACGCUCGCUGCUGUGUGGAGAUGGGCCUCAGCAUGAUCAACACCAUACGGUAUGUUCGUCGGGAGCUGCAGCAGGAAGUGGACAUGCGGAUCGGCGUCCACUCAGGUUCGGUCCUUUGUGGUGUUUUGGGUGUUCAGAAGUGGCAGUUUGACAUCUGGAGUUGGGAUGUGGACGUGGCCAACAGUUUGGAGGCUGCAGGAGUUCCUGGGCAGAUCCACAUCUCGCAGGCCACUCUGGACUGUUUGGGCGGGAUUUACGAGACGGAGGCGGGGCAUGGCCAGGAGAGAAACGAGUUCCUACGGAAACACAACAUCGACACAUUCCUGAUCCGCCCGGCACCACGGGAGGAGGCGGAGCCUCCGAAAACGAGACGUCUGAGCUACGAAGAGAUGACAACGUGGAGCGCCGAGCUGCCGUUUGGAGACAUUCUGGGGAUGAACUUUAUUCUCGCCACCUUCACCAACGGCUCCCUGACCCAGCUGCCCAAUCAGGUCGCAGCUCAGCGGUCCGGGUCACGGGAGGUCAACAAGCGGAUUCGUCAGGCCAUGGAGGUCCGGAGCAGUGAGCGAAUGAGGAAGGAGCACAUCACCACCUUCACUCAGGUGUUCAAGGACUCCCACAUGGAGGGAAAGUACUCCCAGAUGAGAGAUGAACUCUUCAAGUCCAACAUGGUUUGUUCCUUCAUCCUGCUGCUGCUGCUGAUGGCUGUACAGGUGCUCAUCCCCACCCCCAGGUAUCUUCCUAUGGCGGUUCAGUUCGUGGUCAGCGGUGGCGUCUACUUCCUGCUGCUGCUGCUGACGCUGGGGGAGGAAUUUAAGCAUUGCCCCGCCCCCCUGCAGUCGCUCUGCUGCUGGAUUCACGAAAUUAAAAACGCUCGAACGCUGCUGACGCUCACCGCCAUCACCGUCAACUUCAGCGUCGCCUCGGCCAACAUCCUGUGGUGCAAUUCGUCAGAGUCAUCCAUUAACAGCAGUGACUACCUGUUGGCUCCGCCCACCUCCACCAGGCCUGACAUCAGCAUCUGCACCCAUCCAGAGUACGUGUUGCUGAGCGGUGUGGUUGCCAUGGUGACGUGUGCCGUGUUCCUCCGGCUGAGUUGCGUGUUGCAGCUGGCUGUCCUGCUGCUGGCCGCCGCCCACUACACCUACGUCAUCGAGACGCACAGGUCCCACCAGCUGUGCAGGAAAGGAGUCUGUGUGGUUCUCAUGGUGAUGUUUGUGGUGGCCGUCCUCUACAAUGGAUGGAAGCUGGAGGCGACAGCUCGGUUGGACUUCCUGUGGCGUCUCCAGGCAAGGAAGGAAGUGGAGGACAUGAAGGAGCAGCGAGAACACAAUGAGUGUCUACUGCUCAACAUCCUCCCUGCUCACGUCGCACAACACUUCUUGGAGAGAGACCGCAACAACGAGGAGUUGUAUUCUCAGACCUAUGAGCGGGUCGGGGUUCUCUUUGCGUCUCUUCCUGGGUUCUCUGAGUUCUACGAGCAGAAAGAACUUGUCCAUCAGCACGUGGAAUGUCUCCGCCUCCUCAACCUGAUCAUCACCAACUUUGAUGAGCUGCUGGACGAGUGUUUCUUCCAGGAGGUGGAGAAGAUUAAAACCAUCGGCAGCUCCUACAUGGCAGCUUCUGGUCUGUCACCUGACCCACAGGAGUGUGAGGACAGCUGGCAUCACCUCAGUGAGUUGGUUCUGUUCGCCCUGGCCAUGAUGGAAACCCUGAAACACAUCAACACACACACAGGAAGUGACUUCCAGCUGAGAGUAGGUAUCGCCCACGGAGCUGUCAUUGCAGGUGUGAUCGGAGCCACUAAACCUCAGUACGACAUCUGGGGGACGACAGUGAACAUGGCCUCUAGGAUGGAGAGUACCGGGGUCAGCGGCAGGAUUCAGGUAGCACACCUGCCUGUCUGGACACCUGUCUGUCUGGACACCUGUCUGUCUGAACAUCUGUCUGUCCACCUGUCUGUCUGUCUACCUGUCUGUCUUCAGGUUCCAGAGUCCACCAGCUGUGUUCUGGUAGAACGAGGUUUCCUGCGACAGUUCAGAGGGAAGAUUUACAUCAAAGGCAUCAGCGAACGUCACGGAGAGGUCCACACGUUCUUCGUGUCCAAUCAGGAGGAACGUUCCAGCUUUGUGGAGCGCGGCGGUGGGCGGGGCUUCAGCCUCAACAGGAACACGCUGGGAGCCGUGGUCUACAGCCUGGUCCAGGCCAGGAAGAGGGAGAAGCUGAGGGAGGAGAACGGAGGGUUCCACCUGGUGGAGGCCCAGUAGAACGAAGGGUUCCACUUGGUGGAGGCCCAGUAGAACGGAGGGUUCCAUCUGGUGGAGGCCCAGUAGAACGGAGGGUUCCACCUGGUGGAGGCCCAGUAGAAUGGAGGGUUCCAUCUGGUGGAGGCCCCGUAGAACGGAGGGUUCCACCUGGUGGAGGCCUCGUAGGACAGAGGGUGGAGGCCUCGGAAAACCUAGGGUUCCACCUGGUGGAGGCCUCGUAGGACGGAGGGUGGAGGCCUCGUAGAACAGAGGGUUCCACCUGGUGGAGGCCUCGUAGAACAGAGGGUUCCACCUGGUGGAGGCCCAGUAGAACUUAAGGUUCCACCUGGUGGAGGCCUCAUAGAACGGAGGGUUCCACCUGGUGGAGGCCUCGUAGAACAGAGGGUUCCACCUGGUGGAGGCCUCAUAGAACGGAGGGUUCCACCUGGUGGAGGCCCAGUAGAACUUAAGGUUCCACCUGGUGGAGGCCUCGUAGAACAGAGGGUUCCACCUGGUGGAGGCCUCAUAGAACGGAGGGUUCCACCUGGUGGAGGCCCAGUAGAACUUAAGGUUCCAUCUGGUGGAGGCCUCGUAGACCUUAGGGUUCCACCUGGUGGAGGCCCAGUAGAACGGAGGGUUCCACCUGGUGGAGACCUCGUAGAACACCUGGUCCAGGUGAGGAGGUUGCCAUAGAGACAGAACUCAGUUCUAGUAGUGAAACAACCACAUAGCAGGUUAUGUAUAUGAUGGAACCAGAACAUGAAGAAGUUCUCCAUGAAACCUAGAACAUUUAAACACUUUAUCAGUUUUCAGAUGUUUGAAGCUCAGAUUUGGUGAAUGUUCCUGAAGAUGAGACCUUCAAGGACUGUUGGAAACAUGAAGAUCUGAUCUGUAGAACAUGUGGUUCUGGAGUUUUUAAAGAUCAUCUUCUGAUGUUCCCUGGUGGAACCUGGUUGUGUGACUCAUUCUGUUCUUUUGGAGCUCCCAUGAUGCUUUGCAGGAUCCAGAAACUGAAGGACAGGGUCUCUGUGGAGAUCUAGAUGUUUCUUCUCCUGGACCUGAUGGUUCCUGUGACUGAGUCGUGACUCUGAGGACAGAAAGGAUUCAAGGAAUUAAAGUGAAAAAGUUUUGCUUUUAGUUUGAAGCUCAAACUGAGGAACUGACGUUUUCACACCAGACGCUGCAGAAUGUUCUGCUGGAUUCACGGGAUUUCUGGAUUCAGAUGUUUUGCUCACGAAGAUCAUCUGGAUGGAUGAAGAUGAAAAGAUCUUCAACCUGAAGAAAACGUGAUUCAGAGGACUUGACUUGUUUAACCAUCAGUUAAUCUAAAGCUGGAACAACAAACUGACCAGCAGGUGGCGCUGUGCCUGGACUAGAACUGCUGUUAAACUGGACCAGCAGACAUUUUUAGAUCUGUAAUUUUUAAACUUUGAUUUAAAAUCUGUUUUCUACUGUUGGAAUUCUGGAAUCAUAAACGUAGAAAAAUCAACCUUCAGACAGAAAAACUGGAACGGUUCAGUUAAUGUCAAUAAAAACCAGGAUAGAGAUGGAA